CGUGACGUCGUCAACACUGCAGUCUCUCGCUAGCAGCUGCAGAAACACAGCACGCCCAUCAAAACCUGUGUACUUCCAGCUCAUACUGAAGAAAAGGAAAGGACCAUAAUGGCGGCAGCAUCAUCCCCGCUGGACCCAGAUCUAAUGAGGGAGGUUCUUGAAUGCCCCAUCUGCCUGGAGACCUACAGCCAGGAACAAAUGAGACCCAAACUCCUGCAAUGUGGUCACACAGUGUGCCGGCAGUGUCUGGAGAAGCUUUUGGCUAAUACUAUCAAUGGUGUGCGCUGCCCCUUCUGUAGCAAGGUCUCCCGUAUGAGCAAUAUCUCUCAGCUGGCUGAUAAUCUCACUGUGCUUAAGAUCCUAGAUUGUACUAUAUCCUGCAGUGCUGCUGCUGCCGCCCUGAUGUGCAAUUCCUGCUGCAACCGCCUACCACGACAGUACUGCCACGAUUGUGCCACAGUCCUCUGUGAGCUCUGUAAAGGGGAGGGCCACCUGCAUCAAGGCCAUUCAGUCCAGCCCAUUAGGGUGGCUGCUGAACAGCGUCGCAAAGAACUGGGUGGGAAGCUGACUGCUCUGCGCGAUGUGAUGGGCGAAAUUCAGAAGAAAAAGACAGCUAUUGAAAACAUUAACAAAUCCUUGAGAUUAAAGUACCAGGCAGUGCAGCAGGAUUAUACCACAGCUGAGCAACGUCUUCAAGAGGAACUCAGGAGGUCUCGAAGGACAUUCACAGCUUCCAUGGCAGAAGCAGAAAAGCUAAAUGGGCAUGCCCUGGAGGAGCAGACAUAUCUCCUUAACAUUGCAGAGGUUAAAGUGGUGUCACGCUGUGAUUAUCUGACAAUGCUUGUGAGGCAGAGUGAUAUUGCUUUACUAAAGGACGAUGGCGGAGGCUGCGAUGAUGAAGAGCUGGAUUUGAGGAGCAGCUUGCCCACCAUGUUUCAGCUGCAAGAGCCAGAGCUUGUCAAAACAGUGCACUCUAAACCCGUGGAAGUGGGCCAAGUGACCACAAACACUUACACCGUCAAUACAGAUGAUGAGGAGUUGGAGAUUGCUCUUGAGGGUGAUGUAGAGAGUGUAGCUGGCGCAGUAGGGGCUACAGGCGGUGCAACGGGGGCUCCGGUGGAUCUUUACCGGGACAUUGACAUGGUUGCGGCUGUGGAGGAGGCGGUAUGUGGUUCACCGGGCAGCUUUAAGUCGAAGUCCAUGGAUGCAGGUGGGGGAUCCCCGGGAGGAGCCGGGGCAAGUGCGGGGCCCGCCGUCUGCCAGUUUGUGAAGAAGAUGGGCUUCAAGGGAACUCUACCCGGCCAGUUCAAUUUACCAGUCAGCAUCUGUGUGACAUCACAGGGCGAGGUCCUGGUGGCAGACCGCGGCAACUACCGCAUCCAGAUCUUUAAUCGCAAAGGUUUCCAGCGUGAAAUCCGCCGGAAUGCCAGUAGCAUCGACAACUUUGUCCUGAGCUUCCUGGGUGCUGACCUGCCUAAUCUCAUCCCCUUAUCCAUUGCUGUCACUCCUCAAGGCCUGAUUGGGGUCACUGACAACUACGAUAACUCAGUUAAAGUCUACACCAUGGACGGACACUGCGUGGCUUGCCAUAAGAACCAACUGAUUAAACCAUGGGGCAUUACUGCCAUGCCAUCGGGCCAGUUUGUGGUGUCAGAUGUGGAAGGUGGCAAGCUGUGGUGUCUCGCGGUGGACCGCAAUGUGGGUGUCGUCAGCUACAACCGACUGUGCUCCGCGGUGCGGCCAAAGUUUGUGACGUGCGACGCGGCUGGAACGGUCUACUUCACCCAGGGCCUGGCUCUGAACUUCGAGAAACGCCACAAUGAGCCCCACCUGGAGGGUGGCUUCUCUAUCGGCUCAGUGGAUACCGACGGCCAGCUAGGCAAGCAGCUCAGCCAUUUCUUCUCAGAGACGGAGGACUUCCGCUGCAUCACUGGCAUGUGCGUGGACGCCAACGGGGAUUUGCUGGUAACGGACAGCGGCAGGAAAGAAAUCCUCCAGUUUCCCAAAGAAGGUGGAUUCAAAAUUCUCAUCCAGGAAGGGUUGACCUGCCCUGUGGGAGUGGCAACCACCCAGAAAGGACAACUGCUAGUGCUGGAUUGUUGGGACCACUGUGUCAAAGUCUACACAUACAUCCAGAGGAGGCACUCCUCCACUUCCUAGAGGAAUAAUCCAGUCCACAGGAGCAUGAGAGGUUUAGUAGGUAUGUGCUGGCAGGUGUGUAUGGAAGUUUUGAAGAAGGUAGAACCACACUGUUAUCUGUCACUUUAGUUUGGCUGCAGUCCAAACAGUUCUCGCUCCAGCUUUCAUUGGGUUAUUAAAUGAAUGUUCUAGUCAGUUUGGUUCAGUUUAAAGCCUACUGGAUUUCAUUUUAAUACCUCAAAUUAAAAAUCAGCUACUUAAGCUGCCUCUUACCUGAUUAUUGUAACACAUCACAACACUUAAGCAGACUUUGCAACAUUUUUACAUCAAAGAAUGCUGGCACACGUUGUCACAUUAAAAAAAGCGAAUUAAGCCAUUGAUGUCAAAGCUAAUGCAGGCACAAAGUACAGAUGAUCUUUCUUCCUUUAUUAUUGACUGCUACAUCCACCGAUCAGCCUGACUGUGUGUGAUGCACAGCUUUCACUGAUUUGGCUCAGCUUUGCAUAAGGAAAAACGGGAGGACGAGGAGCUGAAAAUGAACAUGUAUUUACAUAUGAAAUAAAGCAUACCAAGGCUUUUGGCCUGUGAAGCACUUUAUUAUUGACACAACACUGUUUCCUAGUGUUAGGUUAUAGUAGCACAGACUAACAUUGAUGUUGCUGAAUGCAGCUGGCAGCUUUAAAGUUUACUGUGCAAUUAGCUAAUGGCAAAACAGUAACAAGUAUCAGCAUUCAUUGAAUUGCAUUCAGUAACAUUCAGGGAACAUUAAGUGUAGAAUAUUAAGUUACCUACAGGAAAGAGAACGAUGGUGAAAUUUCAUUUACUGGGGUUUUGUGGGUUUACAUUUUUUACUGACAUUGUCAGGAAAAAUAUUUAGUUUUUGUUUAUUUGAGGUUAACUGAGUUAAUGCAAUCAGAGUUUGGGGUUACUGAUGUCUAAUUAGUACACUACAUUAUUGCUAUCAUGUUUUUCCAGUACUUAGCCUGUGUACAUCAGCCACAGCCAGAGUAACCAUUUGACAUUUUGGAGCAGUGUAUGAACUAAAGGGAGCUUUCAGAGGAAAGGUUACUGAAAUCUACCGUGUGAUCUACAAACCCUUUUUACUCUCUAUUUCUGUCAUUAAACCUUCUCCUACUGACUUCCCAGCCACAGCCACUGUUAUGUCACUAGCGGGAAGGGUGAGGUCACAAUCUGGAAGAUAUAUUCCUGUCAUCUGCUCAGAUCCUAUUCUAGUCGCUCUGCUCAGUCAUACAUCUCGCUACAAUUUCUGGCCUCUACAUCCCCCUUCUGCUGGCUUUUUUCUAACCUGCAGCAUUAAAGUUAGCUUUGAGCAGUUUUACCUAAGAUCACACUGUAGCCCCUAGUUUUAAUCCUACUUCUCAGAAAGAAUUGGGUCUAUUAUAAACAGAGUGGCAACGUUUUAAUGAUCUUUGGAAGGCCCUUAAAAUUGCAGGGCUGUGUUUCUGCUCUGCUUUAUAUUCCUUAUGGGUUCACCUUCAGCUAAAUCAUAUAAUCGUCUAUAAAUUAUACCUGUAUACCAAUUCUUAAUAGCUCCAGCACCCAGACCACAUUAAGGGUACAGCAGACGUACAACUUCAAAAUGUUUGCAAACUUCGUUCAAACUUAUUCCAGAGAACUUGUUCCAUGCCAGCGUUUCCACCGGCUUAGCUUGUGGUUUCACAAUCUUUGUAGGGAUCAGUGGCAGGAGUGUUCAGAAUAGCACUGCUGGGAUAAUGAUGAGUGAAAACUCCAGCAUCACUCACCAAACCUGGCUAUGUUGCACUGGGAUGUUGGUUUGCAUGUCCCUAUGUCUCCCUCAGGUUUCAAAUUCAACACUAGAAAUCUUGCAACCUGAGUUCCCUGGUGCUGGUAGAUAUGGGUAAAAACAACAUCCAUAUCCAUAUAGUGUUUUUGCUAGUAACUGCUUGUGUUGUGUCAUUCAAUUCCUCAAUAUCUGCAACUAUAUAAUUUUAUCAUGUAGCUUUAUUUAAUUUUUCAGCCCAUAUGAAGCAUUAGAUGCUUUCAGGUAAAGUAACAAUAAAAGACACUUUUAAUCAAAAUAUUUAGUGGCCUAAAUAUGGGGAAUCAAGUUAAUCAUUGAAACCCACCCAUCAAUACUCUGUGUAACAUACUCUGUCUGUAAAGUCAUAAAUAGUGACUAUGCCUGCUCUGGGGCCAUAUUUAUUUUCCAGUCCAGAUUGGCUCAUGAGAGCCUAUCACUACUAUACUGACGCAGUUUCAGCCUUAAAAAUGAACAAUUUCACAAAGCUGACCUUAACUCUGCACCAAGAGCCCUAUUAAACAGCAACAUACAAAUAUACAUAUCUGAGCAUCAAACUAUCGUAAACAAUACACAUUUUUAAUAUUUCUACAUCAGCAAAGGGUUAAGGAGAAAAAAAACAACUGAAUUUAUGUAUCAGCUGAAGUUCAGUCAUAUCCUUGUGCUUUUUUAAAAUUUAUUUCACAUGAUGUAUUUGUUUUAUUGUUAGACCAUAUUAUAUCUCUACACUAAACUCAUAGUUUUAAUUCAACAUAGCUGCAUGCCAACCUUGCCAUCAAAACUGUUUUUUUCAGUGCUUACAGUUUAUUCAAGUUGGUCACUAGAAGUAGUCAUUACUAUUCAAACUUAAACAGUAACAGAAAAAUGCAUAAAAUGCUAGAAAAAUCAAGUGUCCUUGUGUCAGUGUGCUGAACAUCAGUGUGUGUCACAUCACCUGAAUAUGUUUUAUUAUGUGUCAUUGGAAAGAAGUUAUUUUCUUGCAUACUUCUUCAGAGUUCAUUUAUUUACACUAUUGGAUUGUAAUACUGCAAUAUGUCCAUGAACCAAACUACCAUGUGUUUAAGGUGUUUUGUCCUUUACAGGCUGUGAAUUUUACAAUGUGUCAAACACAUUUAAGACAUCUCUGUUUAGUCAAAUUCAUGUUUGUAUUGUUGAUUAUCUGAGUGCAAUAAACAUUUAUGAAACAAACAAACAUUUUUUUUCUUCAUAC